GUCAAGACCUUAAUAAUGAUCAGGAUGGCAAGAGUCUUUUAGUACUUAACAAUGUGUAGGCUGGAGUAGCUUUUGAGUUACCAUGAGGAUUUACUUCAUUUUCUCCUUAUUUGUUUAAGACACAAAAAUGCCAGAGUAAAGAUGGGUGACUGGAACUUUCUUGGUGGGAUUCUAGAGGAGGUGCAUAUCCACUCCACAAUGGUGGGGAAAAUCUGGCUGACCAUCCUCUUCAUCUUCCGCAUGCUGGUGCUUGGUGUGGCGGCGGAGGAUGUGUGGAACGAUGAACAGGCUGAUUUUAUCUGCAACACCGAGCAGCCUGGCUGCCGCAACGUGUGCUAUGACAAAGCCUUCCCCAUUUCCCUCAUCCGUUACUGGGUGCUGCAGGUCAUUUUUGUUUCUUCCCCCUCGCUGGUGUACAUGGGCCAUGCUCUCUACCGCCUCCGAGCCCUUGAAAAAGAACGUCAGCGCAAAAAAUUGGCACUGAGACGUGAAUUGGAGGCUGUGGACAUAGAGAUGGCGGAGGUACGACGCAAAAUAGAACGUGAGCUUCGGCAGAUCGACCAGGGGAAGCUAAAUAAAGCUCCCUUGAGAGGGUCUCUUCUGCGCACCUACGUGGCUCACAUAGUCACCCGCUCGGCCGUAGAGGUGGGUUUUAUGACCGGACAAUAUGUUCUGUAUGGGUUUCAUCUAAAUCCACUCUACAAAUGUGAGCGGGAGCCCUGUCCGAAUGCAGUGGACUGCUUUGUAUCUCGACCCACUGAGAAAAGCGUCUUCAUGGUGUUCAUGCAAUGCAUAGCUGCCAUCUCAUUGUUUCUCAACAUCCUGGAGAUCAUGCACCUGGGAUACAAGAAGCUUAAAAAGGUCAUCUUGAACUACUACCCACAGCUGAGGGAUGAUCUCGAUGACAGCUACUAUCCAAACAAGCUGAAGAAAGAUUCCGUGGUGCAUCAAACAUGCACUGGCACCUCCACUGGCCGCAAGACCACCAUUGCUUCAGCACCCAGUGGAUACAACCUUCUUCUCGAGAGACCACCUGAUGGAAACGCCUACCCUCCUUUGAUCAACCCAUCCUCUGCUUUCUUGCCCGUUCAGAGUGAUAUGCAAACCAAAGAUGGUUCUGAUGCACCAAAGUACUCACAGAACAGUCCCACAGAGCACAACAGCAAUUCCAACAACACCAGCAGUGAUACACGUUCACCACCUUCCAACUCAGUCACGCCGCCAAAGCAAGAUGAAGGGGAAGAUUCUAUCCACCCUCCACCUCUGUUCAAGAAAGGCCAGGAGUCUAAGACUUUAGACUCAUCGAGCCAUCCCAGGGAAUCUUCUCACACAUCAUCCGGCGUGGGAAAGAAGCCAUGGAAGGUCAGCGCACCCUGGAACUGCUCAACGGUGGUAGAAGGUAAUGGCUCAGACACGGAUUCCUCGGAAGGUGCUAAGGCUCGCUGUCCCUACGCCGCUGUGCGAGCUCGUACUUCAUCCAGGUCUGAUUCCAAAGUGAGCAGGCCCACUUCUCCCGAUUCAAUAGAAGAAUCCAGCUCUGAGUCACGGCAUAGUCCAAGAGCAUCACCAAGCCAUCGUGCCUCAAUGGCCAGCAGUUCCAGUAGCAGACGAGCAGCUCCUACAGACCUACAGAUAUAAGAAAAACUCAAUAUAGGCUUUCAUUGUUGAUGGUAGCCAUGUCAUUUUUACAAUUACAGUAUAUUUAUUAAAGACUAAAGUUUUAUAUUCAACUCUAUAACGUUGUGGCACUCCUUAACGGAUUGUUUUCGCUCUCUUUUUACAUAUCAAUUUAGCAGUACACACUGACAGUGUAUUUCAUUAACAACAGUAGU